AUGUCAUCAGCGAAUGAUACUCCGGUUUGGGCAAUUGAUGGUAGGCCUUACUUCUCUUUCUCUUCUAAAUCUGUAUGGAAUGCUAUUAGGAUUUCAAAUCAAGUUCAAUCUUGGGUUCCUCUUGUAUGGCACAAAGCAGUCAUUCCACGUCAUGCUAUCACAUCCUGGCUUUUUAUACUCAAUCGUAACCCUACUCUAGAUCGUUUAUCUACAUGGGGUUUUGAUAUUGAGUUGGACUGUCUUUUGUGUGGCUUUACUGAUCGAUGCUUGUUAGAUUUGUACUGCCUACACAAGAACUCUGUUGAUUUGCCCUUGGAUGUCCCGGAGGAUAGCCAUGAACUUUGUAACACUUGUCAACAGUGUGACCAAUACGAUUGCAAUCUGACAGCUGAACCUUCAUCAUCCGUCAUUGCACUUCGAGUCUUCAUUUUUCCACCUUUCUUCACCAUUUUUCUUCAAACUGAGCUCGCGGAAGAACAAUCAAUGAUCAGAGAAGGAAGAAUCGGUGAAGAUGGAACAGAAACUGUAGAAACGAAGACAUCACCCCCUCCGCUCCUCUGGGAUCAAAUCCUUCUUUGGCUACCUAAAGCUUCAACAUCUAAACAUCGUAAUCUAGCUCUCCUUCAAGGUUGGCAAGGUGCAAUCUAUGCAUUGUGGAAGGAACGAAAUCGCCGAUUCCAUGAUGGUCUCUCCCUCUCUUCGGGUACAAUCGCAAUGGACGUCAUGUCCACCAUGAUUAACAAGUGUAAAGUAAUGAUUCAGCUGGACUUAAAGCGUGGAAUUUCACUUCUCCAAUGUUGGACUCACUAUGGUUUAAAUCAAGAUUAUGGCUCUGUUUUUCUUUAUGCAGGUUUCUCUGUUUUUGAUUCUUACUCUUUCUAG